AUGGCGGAGCCGGAGACCUCAAAGCCGACGAUUCUCCGCCACGCUUUCGGAAAUGUGCUCUCCUUUUUCAUUCUGUUGCUAAUCGGCGCUCUCGCUUUCACGAUCCGUCUAUUUUCUGUUAUCAAGUACGAGAGUGUGAUUCACGAGUUCGAUCCUUAUUUCAAUUAUAGAGUGACUCAGUAUCUUACAAAAAGUGGAGUAUAUGAUUUCUGGAAUUGGUUUGAUGACCGAACUUGGUAUCCUCUUGGACGUGUUAUUGGGGGAACUGUUUACCCUGGACUCACAUUAACUGCGGGUACUUUAUGGAGGAUAUUUAACUCCUUGAAUAUUCCCCUGUCCGUGGAAACUGUUUGUGUCUUUACAGCUCCUAUCUUUUCCGCAUUUGCUUCAUGGGCAACAUACCUUCUGACAAAGGAAGUCAAAGGUGCUGGUGCUGGGUUGACUGCUGCAGCUCUUUUAGCGAUGGUGCCAUCAUAUAUCUCUCGAUCUGUGGCAGGCAGUUAUGACAAUGAAGCUGUGGCUAUAUUUGCUUUGAUUUUAACUUUUUAUCUAUAUAUAAAGACUCUGAACACAGGAUCGCUUUUUUAUGCCACUUUAAAUGCAAUAGCAUAUUUUUACAUGGUUUGUUCUUGGGGAGGAUACACAUUUAUUAUAAAUCUCAUUCCGAUGCAUGUUCUGCUGUGCAUUUUAACUGGUCGCUAUUCUUCAAGGCUCUACAUUGCUUAUGCUCCACUUGUUGUCUUGGGAACAUUGUUAGCAGCUUUGGUGCCUGUUGUAGGUUUUAAUGCUGUCAUGACAUCCGAGCAUUUUGCAUCAUUUCUUGUCUUCAUCAUUAUACAUGUCGUGGCUCUUAUUUAUUACAUCAAAGGAAUUCUCUCACCCCAAAUGUUCAAAGUAGCAGUUACUCUUGUUGUAUCUGUUGGGCUGAUUGUUUGCUUCGCUGUUUUGGCUGUACUAGUAGCAUUGGUAGCUUCCAGCCCAACAAAAGGAUGGAGUGGAAGAAGUCUGAGCUUGCUGGAUCCAACUUAUGCGAGCAAGUACAUACCAAUUAUUGCCAGUGUUAGCGAACAUCAACCACCUACAUGGCCGUCAUACUUUAUGGACAUUAAUGUCUUGGCAUUUCUUGUUCCAGCUGGCAUCGUUGCCUGCUUUUUGCCACUUUCUGAUGCAAGCUCUUUCGCGGUUCUUUAUAUUGUCACAUCAGUAUAUUUUUCUGGUGUCAUGGUGCGUCUGAUGCUUGUUCUUGCUCCAGCAGCUUGUAUAAUGUCUGGAAUUGCUCUUUCAGAAGCUUUUGAUGUUACUACUAGAUCAGUUAAAUUUCACUUACCUGAUGCAGUCCAAAAACCCCAUGUCAAUGCAGGGGAUACCAACAAUGAUACGCAAAAUGAUGCAGUGAAGACUGAGAAGAAUGAGGACCCACUAAAGGACCGCUCUAGCAGAAAAAGUAAAAAGAAGGAAAAGGAGAGUGUAGAGAAAGUUUCACUUGUAUCCCGUAUAGAACGAAGGCUUCUGGUCUUACCCUUGGAGACUUCGCUCUUUGCCGUUUUCUUACUUGUUAUGCUGGGUGCUUUUUAUGUGGUCCAUUGUGUGUGGGCUGCUGCAGAGGCUUAUUCUGCUCCAUCCAUUGUGCUAACUUCCCAUUCUCGUGACGGUCUUCACGUCUUUGAUGAUUUCCGAGAGGCAUAUUCUUGGUUGAGUCAUAAUACGGAGGUGGACGAUAAAGUUGCAUCUUGGUGGGACUAUGGUUACCAAACUACUGCAAUGGCAAACCGCACUGUUAUUGUUGACAAUAACACCUGGAACAACACACACAUUGCUACUGUUGGUACAGCAAUGUCCUCCCCUGAGAAAGCAGCUUGGGAUAUUUUUAACUCAUUGGAUGUGAAAUAUGUUCUAGUUGUUUUUGGAGGGCUUGUUGGGUAUCCAAGUGAUGACAUUAACAAGUUUCUCUGGAUGGUUCGGAUAGGCGGGGGUGUAUUUCCUCACAUCAAGGAACCUGAUUAUUUGAGAGAUGGCCAGUACAGGAUUGAUUCCGAGGCAACCCCAACUAUGCUCAACUGCCUCAUGUACAAACUUUCAUAUUACAGAUUUGUGGAGACAGAUGGUAGAGGCUUUGAUAGGGUGAGGCAUACUGAAAUUGGGAAGAAGUAUUUCAAACUCACCCACUUCGAAGAGGUGUUCACCACUCACCAUUGGAUGGUCCGGAUAUACAAGUUAAAAUCCCCAAAAAAUAGAAUACGCGGGAAGACCAAGAAAUCUAAAUCGAAAGCUGGCUCCACAUCCAGCUCAAAAAGAAGCGGAACAAGAAAGAAGAGUAAUAAUCCCUGGGUUUAG